GUAGCUUUAAAAAAUAUUUUAUAAUUGGAAAAAGGUGCUUAAAAAAACAAUUUUGGCUGCAUAAAUAUUCUACAACACUAGGAAGAGUGAGUUUGGUGUCAACGUUGAGAUUCACUCACAGUUUACCAUUUACCUGGACCAAAGGCAGACAAUUAGAGAAUGGAUUCGUCUCAGGGAACUUCAGCUUGUGCAGAAGAACAACAGAGGAUCGAGAUUCUGAACAGCCACAACGAAAAACUGGUGGGCCUGCUUCACGAAACAGGAUCAACAGAAGUUGUGGUCUUAUGCCAUGGAUUUCGAUCAAACAAGAACGACGCAGUCAUGAAGAGUGUGGCUGCUGCUAUUGAGAAAGAAGGGAUCAGCGCUUUCCGUUUUGAUUUCUCUGGAAAUGGAGAGAGUGAAGGCAGUUUCUACUUUGGUAACUACAACCACGAAGCUGAUGAUCUACGUUCUGUCAUCCAACAUUUCUCUAACAUGAACCGUGUGGUUCCUGUUAUUCUAGGCCACAGUAAAGGAGGUGAUGUGGUCCUCCUUUAUGCCUCCAAGUAUCACGAUAUCAGUAAUGUAAUCAAUCUCUCCGGGCGUUAUGAUCUCAAAAGAGGGAUAGGAGAGCGUCUUGGGGAAGACUUUUUGGAUAGACUUGAGCAACAAGGGUUCUUCGAUGUUAAAGAUGGAAGAUCCGUCUACCGUGUUACUGCGGACACCAUAAUGGAGAGGUUGAACACUGAUAUGCAUGAAGCUUGCCUCAAGAUUGACAAAGAUUGCAGAGUAUUGACGGUUCAUGGAUCAGAGGAUGAGAUAAUACCUGUGGAAGAUGCCAGGGAGUUUGCUAAUAUCAUACCGAACCACAAGCUGGAAAUUGUGGAAGGAGCAGAUCAUUGUUAUACCAAACAUCAAAGUCAGCUGGUAUCAACCGUUAUCGAGUUCAUAAAGACAGUCACUGUGAAGAACAACUAGUCUUCUUCUUCUUCUUUGUUUCCUUGAGAAAUGUUCAUGAUACAUGUUACAUACUUUUUCUACGCUCAAUCCUACUUCUGGUUUGUAGCUUUCGAUUUACUAAUAAAUGUCCAACACUUGCUGUGGCAAUGCGGAAAUGGUGUAUCUUUGGAGCUUAAAGUUUCAUCCAAUAUGAGAUUUUAAAACA